UCCGCAUUUCAAAAACCUUCGAGCCAGAGCUCCAAUGGCGCGUAGAAGGAGCUCUCUCCUUCCGCUCUCAAAUCUCCAGAUAUGAAUCUCUUCCUAACUUCUAACCUCCGGAUUUGAAAAUAUUCAUCUGGAAUUUCAGUGAAUUUGGAAGAGAUUCUCGUAUUUCAGAGGUCCGAAUGUGGAAAUCGCUGGAAUCUUCGACUUGUUUGCGUUCAGGUGAGGAGGAAACCCUUCACUUUACAAGGAUUUAAGCACCAAAGUAGCUACUUCAAUUCGAAAGGGCUGAAAUGCUGAAGAAAAGGAUCUUCAUUGCAUAUGGAUUUAAGCUUUAAAUCUGCUGGAUUUUCAGUUCUUGUGAGACCUACAAGGGAGAAAAAAUUGCUUGCCCCAUUUUUGUUUUUUCUGAUUUAAGCAAGCCUUUGCUGUUCCAAAGGAUAUCCAAGAGAGAAUUCUAGAAGAACGAAAUCUGCCAACUUCUUGGUUAAAUGAUGAGGCCAUAAAAUUUGCCAGUUUCCCCAGCCGAUUUGGGUCAUGAUUUCUCAAAACGAGAAGCUUUGCAGCCACACCAGGAUGGGGACUUUUUUUGUUCCAGAGGUUGAUUGUGAUUCGGUUGUUAACCCAGAAACCAUAGAGAUUUGUUCAACUAAUUUGGCGAUAGAUGCUUCUCCUAUCCCUUCUUUGGUGGUUUCGGGUGCUUGGAGUAGAGGCUUCCUACCCAUUGAAUCACAGAGAGAUGAUGAAAGCAAUUUGAGAUGCAAGCAACUAAAAUUAAUGGCCCCAUCUCAGCAGUGCGUUUUUCUCAGCAUACCCGAGAACUCAAGUCCAUUGGGUUUGACAUUGAGGAAAACCCCAUCUUUCGUAAACCUCGUGGAAACCAUGCUAUCUCACGCAAGCAUUCCAAGUUCUGAGUGUAGAAAAGAAGGCAUUGAUGCUGGUGCUCAACAAACACCUGGGAAAUCAAAGGCUUCCAAUUUCUCUGCUUCACUCUUACGAAUUGGCUCAUGGGAGCGAGCCUCAAGAUUUGAAGGGGAGUUGGUGGCGAAGUGUUAUUAUGCAAAGCGGAAACUUGUGUGGGAGGUACUGGAUAGUGGGCUGAAGAACAAGAUCGAAUUACCAUGGUCUGAUAUAGCUUCCCUCAAAGCAACUUUCAAUGAGGGUGGGCCUGAGACACUGGAAAUUGAGCUGUCAGGCCAACCUCUUUUCUUCCAGGAGAUGAAUCCCCAACCCAGAAAGCAUACUCUGUGGAAGGCUGCUGCUGAUUUUACUGGUGGACAGGCAUCAACUUGCAGGAGACAUUUUCUGCAAUUCCCUCAAGGAACUCUACAGAAGCAUUAUGAGAAACUUUUGAAGUCGGAUGAACGAUUGUCAUUGCUCAGCAAGAAGCCUUACCCCACCUUAGACUCCCCAUUCUUUGGGCACAAAGAAGUUGGGGAUCAAAAUCUGAGUUGUCAUCAGUUAUUCGGGAUUGAAGAGCAGAGCUCGAAUCUGCUCAAGCGAUCAUUCGAUCAGGCCACAACUAACGACUAUUCGGAGCAUUCGCAAAGCUUCACCAUCUCAAGAACAUCACCAGUGCUUCAACAGCUUUCAAAGCUGGAGCUUCCUAUUGCUUUCUCUGAAACAGCUUCCCCCAGCUCAGUUAUCGAUUUAUCAUCAGUCGAAGAAAGGGUUGGUAGCCCAUUCUGGCGAGCUACGUUUGCUGGAGCUGGUAAUCACAUGGACCAGAUUGCUUCGUCGGUCUCAAUUGCAAACAUGUUCCCAAGUGUCUUUGGCUCUGUUCUGCCAUCCGUACCAGACUUCGGCACAUCCAUCACGACCAGACACUAUCCAUGCAUGAAGAAAAAAACAGCGGAUAAUACAAGAGUAGAGAUAUCAGAUACAAAUAUCAGCGUAUUGGGCCUUGACCAAUCAUAUUCCAAUGCGAAGCUGAAUUGUGAUGGCUCCACUAUCAAUCCAGGGUCCAUUUUCCAGAUUUCAGAGAUUCAAACUGAUUGGAAUCUUGUGUUUCCAAUCGGUUCACGCAGCAAAGUUGGUAACAACAGUGAGAUAGAUGGGUAUCUUAGUUAUGGAUUUUCCUUCCCUGAGGAGAGUAGCAGACAAGUCUCAGGGAAGUGUUCCAAUCUCUUUGAAAACAUCUCCAGCAGUGUGCCAUUCCCUCUCUUCUUUGUAGAAGAUCCUGCAUCAACGGAUGAGAUCGGGGAGGUCAUGGGACAGGUCUGAAUUCCUUAUGCACAUGGGCCACACAAUUAGAAUGAUCGAAGAGGAUCAGUACCUCAACAUGAAUCUGUUUCAGCUCCCAAUGAAUUAAAGAGUUGUAAAUGCAGUUUUAUCGAAUUAAAUGCAAAAUUCUCAGUGUUGGCAGAA